GUUCAGAGUUUCUUUCGUGGCUGGCUCUGCAGAAGAAGGUGGAAGCAAAUUGUUGCAGAAUAUAUUAGUUCACCACAUGCAGAAAGCAUGCGAAAAAGGAACAGUUUGGUCUUUCGGAUGGUAGAAUCUGAAGAGGAAUACGUGGAACAGCUACAGUUGAUGGUUUCCUGCUUCCUGAGGCCGUUCAAGAUGGCUGCCAGCUCACAGAAACCUCCUUGUACACACGACGAAGUUAACUCCAUUUUCCUCAAUAGCGAAACUGUGAUGUUUCUGCAUCAGAUUUUCAUCAAAGGGCUAACAGCGAGGAUGGAGAGCUGGCCGACCUUAGUUUUAGGAGAUCUGUUCGACAUGUUGCUGCCCAUGCUGACCAUCUAUCAGGAGUACGUGAGAAAUCACCACUACAGUCUACAGGUCCUGGCAGAAUGCAAGCAGAGGGAAAAGUUCGUCGCCAUCCUUCGACGAUUGGAAGAAAAGUCAAGCCUUCAAGGAAGAACUCUUGAAACCUUUCUCACUUAUCCAAUGCAUCAGGUACCUCGUUACAUAAUCACACUUCAUGAACUACUGGCUCACACGCCGCACAAUCACGUGGAAAGGAAAUCGUUAGAAAAUGCCAAAGCGAAGUUAGAAGAGCUUUCAAGGCAAAUGCACGAUGAAGUCAGCGAAACCGAAAAUAUACGUAAGAAUUUAGCAACUGAAAGAAUGAUCGCAGGUGGUUGCGAUAUAUUAUUGGAUGUCAAUCAGGUAUUUGUACGACAAGGGAGUGUAAUCCAGGUACUGGGAGGUGAAAAAUCCAAGCUUCAGAGAGCAAGAAUGGGGAAACGCGAGACGGAAGUUGUUCGUCAAUGCUUCCUCUUCACCAAUCAUAUGCUGCUCUGUACGCGAUCAACCAAUGGAAAACUUCACCUAAUUGAGCAUAGAUCAAAAAGUGAUCAGUUGAGAUCUCUUUCGGACCAGGGCAUUGGAAAGAUACCUCUCUCGGAUGCAACUCUGAUUGAAGACGUCACAGAACCUUUUCAGUUCACAGUAGAUGAUUGUGGUUCCAUCAGCUCUGCCUCGAGUCAGUCGAGCGGUUUCAGCGAGGCGAGCGCUGCGACCUCUGGUGGGAGUGUUGGUCAAAAAGACUAUGGCGGUCUCGACUUCAAGAUCGUGGUGGAUUUCAAAAACGGAAGCCAAGCAACCAUUCACCUAGUGGCACCAAGUAUGCAAGAAAAAGCCGCCUGGACCAGCGAUAUUAGUCAGUGUAUAGACAAUGUUCACUUUAAUGACCUAUUUCACGGAACAAUGAGUGACUCAUCAUCUGUGACCAUGCCUCACUCCAUUAGGAAUGAUCCAAGAUUGUUCAAGGAUGAUGUGGACAUUCGUUUCAGUAGAACUUUGAAUUCCUGUAAAUUACCGCAGAUCCGAUACGCCAGUCCUGAACGCCUGUUCGAGCGCCUGACGGAUCUGCGAUUUCUGAGCAUAGACUUCCUGAACACCUUCCUGUUGACAUAUCGAGUAUUUACGGACGGCGUUACGGUCCUAGAAGCUCUAAAAAAGGUCCACUAUGCACCGGAGGGACAAAUUAGUUCCUCCUUGCAAGAUUCUUCAGG